ACAAGCAGUCAAAUGAGAACUUCUUACUCGGAAUAAAUGAGGAAGAAUUUGAUUUGCGUGAUCCCGAUAGUGAUUACAAUAUACUUGAUGAUGAUAGUAUAAGCUCUGCUACUGCUACAGAAAGCCUUGCUAAUGAAAUUAAUAAUGUUACUGAAAACAAUGAAAUGGAACCGUUGUUUGUAUGGGAUGAGUUAGCUUUUGAAAAAGCAAAAAUGUUAGCGAAUGAAAAAGAAUGUAAUUAUGAUAAUGAAAUUGAGUGGGAUGAUUUAGAUUACGAAUCUUUAGAAACUGCAUCAUUAACAACACAAUCAACAGAAAGUUCAAAUUAUCUUCUCGAAGAUAAUUGCGAAAAAAAUAAAUUAACACCAUGCGUCCUUCUACAUGUGGAUAAUGGUCAAAUACAACGAUGUUCAAAAUAUAAACAAAAAACUCAACGACCUUUAGCACAACUAGUUGGUAGCUGGGAGAUUGAUAGUGAAGCAUUCGAAUCUGUAAAAAAUAAUAACCAGCUAUAUACUUUAGGUGUUUGCGGAUCGCAUUUUGGUUUUGAUCAAAAUGAUCUCCACAGUCCAAACCUCAAAGCUUCACAAGACAUUGAAAAAAGUUGG